GAAACAGAUCAGUGUUUUGCAUGCAUGGAUUUAAUACUACAGUGGUUUAAAGCGUUGUUCUAAGGUUUAAUUGGGAUUAUGGGCGGACAAGGAAGCAAAACAGAUGUUUGUGAUGGGGAGGUACCGGGGAGAAUGCCGUCAACAGAUCGAAUUGUUGUUGAUUGCAGAAACGAUGACUGUGUGGCAGGUCGCAUCAUAUCAGGGCAUAGUCAACAAUCACACAGUUCGAAUUAUACAUCAGAGACCACACCUCUGCUGCACCAAGACCCCUCUUUUGUUGCAACGAUUUUUGGGAUAUACCUAUGUGGGAAGGUGUCCACAAACAUGUUGUCAAUACAAAGGGACUUUGGAUACAGUUAUGCACAGCUAGAUCAAAGGGAUUGGAUACAACAGAGGGUAUGCCUGUAUGCGCAGCUAGAUCAAAGGGGUUGGAUACAACAGAGGGUAGGCCUUUAUGCGCAGCUAGAUCAAAGGGAUGGGAUACAACAGAGGAUAAGGAGCUGACUACGAAUCCUGACGAAGAGAGAGAAAUUUGCUAUCUAUGUUGUACACGAGCGGCAACCCACUAUGAUUUUGGAGCGUGUUGUUCAGCAUGCUGUCUAUGCAUAGGGAAUACGUGCAGAAACGGAUGCAUCAGAGGACAAAUUUGUAUGGAUGACUGCGCGCAAAGUUGCGGUAUUUGCAUGCACGAUUGCGGAGAUAAGGUCUCUUGUGAUGGUGGAAUUGGAGAUGCUGUUUGUGAAUGUGGAAAAGGAAUAAAUACAGGAUUGUCAUUUCUAGGGGCCGGAAUAUAUACAGGGUUUGCAUUACUAGGACAGUGUUGUUAUGAAAUAUGUUCGGUGCAGUUGUUAAUGCACCUCUCCCUUCCACUUUGUUCGAUGAGCAUCGCAAUAUCCAGUGUUGUACUGCCAUAUUGGGCCUGGGGUGAAACGAAUAAAAUAGCGGUUGGUCUAUUUAAAUGCUGCAAUUUUACUGAGGAGAAUCGCAAUUCCAACCAAAGCGAGUGUUUAUUAUUGUCUGACUGUCUUUCAUCAGAUUUCAAAUCACAUUUGGUCAUCAAAGCGGCUUCCGGUCUACAGAUCACAUAUAUUGUCUUACACGGUAUAACUAUUUUACUGGUAACAAUAAGCCAACAAAAAGAUGACUAUUCGUAUAAGCCAGCUGCACGUCAGUUAUGCAAUGGAUUUGUUGUUUUACUUGCAGUUGCUAUUUGCUACAUCGGUGUCAUCGUAUUUUUAUCCGGUGUUAUCCAAUCACAACACUUAAAAGGCGGUCCACCCCGCCUGUCAAUCAAUCUGGCGAUGAUAUCCUGUGUUGUUUACCUCUCUUAUGCAGCCGUUUGCUUUGGACAACCUAAAGUGCUUAUAUGUGUACCCACUUCGACUGCUUUGGUCUAUUUAGUGAUAUUUAUGAUGACAAACAAAACUGUUUUGAUUGUUGUACUAGUUUUGAUUGGUCUGUUUAUAUUAGGUACGCUAAUCGCUUUGCUCAUGAAAUGCAGAAAGUAAUUAACUGCAUGGAUAUAACGAAACAGAAGGAAAAUGGUAUGAGAUAGACCUAUUUAACCCAUGUGUUCAAUGACAUUUCUAAAAGCGGUAACUACAACAUUAAGGUUAUAAACCACAAAAUAAGUUUCCUUUAUAUUCUAAGGUUACUUGGCCGAUUUGAACGCGAAGAAACAUUGAUAACUAGUGUUUCACAUCAUUAACACCGUUUGUGUACUAAACAUAUUAAAAACAUUGGA